ACUGUUAUUACUUUUCAUUGGCCAGUUUCUCUACAUCUGCAUAGUCAUUAUAAUCCAAGCUGUAAAAGGGGUUUGGUUUCUUACAUAUAACAUUUCAACACCUCUACAGUACCAGAAAAAAGAACUUGGUUUUGCAGAAAUCCCAACUUUUUUUAAGCUUGCUUUUUAAUAUAUACACAAAUACAUAAAGAUACACAUAUAACAGUGAACUCGUGCAACCUGCCAAGAUGUCUAAAGUAGCAAAAUACCGACGGCAAGUCAGUGAAGAUCCAGAUAUUGACAACUUACUAUCCACUUUGUCUCCAGAGGAGAUGGAGGAGCUAGAAAAAGAGCUAGAUGCAUCUGAUACAGAUGGGAGCAUUCCGGUAGACUUCGAGCAGAGAGAUAAAACUGACAAGCAAUUGAGUGGCAAGUGCAGUCGAGAGGAAACACUCAGCUACUCUGAAAAGGAGACCAAGAAAUUUAUGCCAAAGGAACAGUCAACGGAUGAAGCAAAGAAGAAGAAAGAGGCAAAGAUUCUUGAAGCCAAACAUAAGGAGCCUUACAGCAGAGAUCUGAAAAAAAGUAGAACUCCUGAUCUGAUAAAGGAAGGGAAAAAAGAAGAACAGGUCCAGAAAACAAAUCAGAAGAGAAAGGAUGAAACAGACCGCAACAGCAAAAUGGGACAAGCCAAAGAGAAAACUGGUAAGGAUGAAAAAAGGUUUUCCAGAGAGAAAGAAAAAUCCAUGGCGGCAGAUAAAAGUGUAACCGGUCAAGUGAGAGGGGAAGAAAGGGGUAAACUGCUAAAGAGCAGGUCAGUAGAAGAUAAAGGAACACAAGAGAAGGCAGCAGAACACAAGAGAGGGACUGGGUGGGAGAGAAAGACUGAAGAUAAAAAAGAAUGCGAAAAAAUAGGAGAAAGAAGAUCAGCUUUAAAACCAGUCUCAAAGAGAGAAGAUAAAAGAGAACCCCCCAAAGCAGGAGAAAUAAGUUCAACUCCAAAGCCAGGCUCAAAGGUUGACAAUGAAGAGAAACUCUUGAAGGAUAGCAAAGGAAUUCCAGAGACAAAUGUCCCAAUUUUAGAGCAAGAGGACAUGACCCAAGAGCCUCCUGAUAGCAGCCCCUCUAAAUCUGCAGACAAUUCUUCAAGCGAGAGCAAGGAGGAUGAAGCCACCAGCAUUUUUGAUGAACCCUUGGAAAAGAUCAAGAAUGAUGACCCAGAGAUGGUAGAAGUUAACAUCAACAAUUCUGACUGCAUCAACAAUGAGAUCCUGGUACGCUUUGCUGAGGCCUUGGAAUUCAACACAGUGGUCAAGGUAUUUGCUCUGGCCAACACACGUGCUGAUGAUCAUGUUGCAUUUGCCAUUGCCAUCAUGCUAAAGUCCAAUAAGACACUGACAAGCGUAAACCUAGAUUCCAAUCAUAUCACAGGCAAAGGGAUCCUGGCCAUCUUUCGUGCACUGCUGCAGAACAAGACUCUGACGGAGCUGCGCUUUCACAAUCAGAGACAUAUUUGUGGAGGGAAGACUGAGAUGGAGAUAGCUAAGUUGCUGAAAGAGAACACCACAUUGCUGAAACUGGGCUACCACUUUGAAUUAGCUGGGCCACGCAUGACGGUCACAAACCUACUAAGCAGGAAUAUGGACAAACAGAGACAGAAACGCUUACAAGAGCAGAAACAGGCCCAAGAAAAGAUGGAGAAGAAGGACUUCCUUGAGGUGCCAAAGGCAGGAUGCUUGUCACCUGCCUCUCCAAAGAUUUCUCCAAAACCAUCCCCGAAAACUUCCCCAAGGUCUUCCCCUAAAGCCCCUCCUAAGAAAGCUGGUACCCCAGAUGCUCCUCCUCCCCCACCCCCACCUCUAGCCCCUCCCCCUGCUCCUCCCUUGAUUAAUGAAAACCUACGCUUGUCCCUUUCUCCGGCCACUCAGAGGAAGAUGGUGGAGAAAGCACUUCCUUCCCAGGAAAAGAAUUCCAGAGACCAACUUCUGGAUGCAAUUCGCUCUAGCAACAAGAAGCAGUUGAAAAAGGUGGAGGUUCCCAAGUUACUUCAAUAG